AUGACUAUCCUCGACGCAACCAUGGGUCCUCUGCUCAUCGGAGUGAUCCUCGCUGCCAUGUACUACUACUUCACUCGCUACUCGCGCGACCCCUGGAGCAUCAAGUUCCUUGUUAUCGCCGUGUGGACAACAGACUCCAUCCAUCAGGCAUUGAUAUCACAUACUGUGUAUUGGUACCUGAUCACCGAAUACGGGAACCCCACUGCGUUGACGCUGUUGUCAAAGACCAUCAUUGUCGAGGUGUUCUUCAAUGCUUUCACCGGGUUGUUCGUCCAGAGUUUCUUCGCCGCUCGCAUCUGGAAGUUGAGCGGAAACAAACUCUACCUGGUGAUCCCUGUUGCGAUGCUCAUCGCUGGCGAGUUCGGUACUCUGCAGAUGGAGACGUUCGUCGACCUCGUGCAGAUCAAGGGCCUUUCAAUCAGCAUCAACGCAUUCGCCGCCGCUGGCGACGUGACGAUCGCCGCGAUCCUCUGCACGAUCCUGCACUACUCCCGUACCGGGUUCUCAAAAUCCAACACGCUGAUCAACAGGCUGAUGGUCUUCGCUGUUAACACUGGCUUGCUCACCAGCGUCUGCGCAUGCCUCUCCUUGAUUACUAUCGUAGCUCUGCCGAACACGUUCGUUUACAUCACCUUCUUCUUCCUCGUCGGCCGCAUGUACUCCAACUCGCUGAUGGCGACGCUGAACGCGCGCAAGUCCCUCCGCGACGCGUCCACGCACGACGUCUCCGUCUCGCUGCGCGACAUGCAACCCGCCGCGUCGGCGAACCUCAGCAACAUCGCGCCGUACGCCUCGCGCCGCGCGGACGGCAUCGCGAUCCGCAUCGACACCACCAAGGACACGAAGCACGACGGCGAGGAGGUGCGUCGGUCCCCGUCCCCGCUCUUCUACGAUCCGCGGCCGCGGCUGACCGACGCCCCCUCCCUCCCCUCCCUCUCUCCCUCCUACUCCACGUCCCCGUCCCCGGACGCGUACUGGCAGCAGUCGCAGUACGACUCGAGCUCGGACAAGCGCCCCGUCGAGGAGGUCUAG